AUGUAUAAUAAGAUGUGGCAUCAGACCCAAGAAGCCCUCAAUUCUUUGCUUGAUAAAGAAUCUCAGAAGAUGAUGGAACCACAGAGGAAUCAAGUGUUCAUCUUCCAGAUGUUAGCUACCUUCUAUAUAAAAUACGUGCAGAUCUUCAGAAACCUGGAGAAUGUCUAUGACCAGAUAGUCCACCCGCAGAAACGCAUUCUGAUCCGGAAAAUCCUGGAUGCAGUGAUGGGUCGCAUCCUGGAGCUGAAGAAUGAGAUGGUUGAGCUGGAAUUAACUGAGUUCCAUUACUUUGAUGAUAUCUUACAGGAUCUAAAGUUGGCGCCUCAACAGUUAGAUAUCCCCAUACCCAAGUAUUUUUUGAAGGAGAAGUUGGAAGUCAUAAAAGGAAGAGAGAAAAUCCUUUCUCAGAUAUUAGCAGAAAGUGGAUUAGGUGUAUCUGCAAAGAAAUACCAAGUAAAGCCUAUACCCCUAGAAGAGGCUGUUAAAUUGAUCCAGAUUGCUGAGAGGGCGCGGCAAGGGCGCCUGAGAGCCAUGUUCAUGAAGCAGAUCUACCUGCAAGAAUACAGAGCCAAGCAAGCCAGGUUACUGGGCGAUAAAGUGGCAGAUGUGAGCGCCGCUGCACUGAGAAUCCAGAAGGUUUGGCGAGGUUUCCAUCAGUGCAAGAGAACUGAAAGAGAGAGAGAAAAGGAGAUGAUAUUUCUGGGUAUGAAUCCACCUCCUUUGUUUAAUGAAGUCAGUGCUGCAAUGAUCCAGGCUGACAGGCUGUCCCACCUGAGGAAUAAGGUGCAGAUAAAGCACGAAGAGGAAUACAGAGAUGCCUUAGUCACAAUCAAGGAUGACCUGAAACUCACAGAGGGUCCCGACAUCAAGGAGAACCUUCAGGAUCAGAUCCGUCAUUGGUUCAUCGAAUGCAGGAACUUAACGGGCACUUUUCCUGACUACCCUAACGAAGAAGAAGGAGGUUCUGCUAUUAUUUUUUCCAAUAAGACCCCACAACAGGUUAUUGAUGAUAUUAUUGCAAGCCAAGACGAAGAGGAGAAAACCAAAAAGAAGAAAAAGGAAAAGAAACAAAAAAAAGUAAAAAAAGAAAAGGAAACGAAAGAGACAAAGGAAAAAAAUAAGCAGGAAGAAGAUGAGAUGUGGAAAAUGUCACCGAGCGUUUUCCUUCACACGAUGGAGGAAGGAAAUAGCGUCUACAAAGACCUGUGGAAGAAUAAAGACGAAUCGUGGAAUUUCCCGCAGGACUAUGACCCUGAACUGAUUAAGGAAGACAAGCGGAAGGAACUGGAGUCAGAGAUCAGAGUGCAGGUGGAUGAGCUGAUGAGGCAGGAACUAAAAAACUUGAAACUAGCUGUGAGCAGAGAGAAGGAACUGCCGGCGAGAAAAGGAAAGAAGAAAGGAGGUAAAAAGAAAAAUAAAAAGAAGAAAGGCAGAAAAGGGAAGAAGGAUAAAGACCUGACUGUGGACAGGACCAUUGAGUCUCUGUAUAAGGAACUCGUGGAAGAAGGCUUACUGAUCCAGGCACUGAAAGUCAACCUCUCAGAUUACAUUGGUGAGUACAGCUACCUGGGGACGAGCCUUCGCCAGGUGUCCAUAGAACCCAUGCCUUCCCUCCUGGAUGUCCGACAGCUCAUCACCCUGUACGGGAUCCUGCCACUAGGCUCUGCAGCCGUGCACGAGAAAGCCCCUUUGGUGAAGUCCCUGCUGUUGGCCGGACCAUCUGGGGUGGGGAAGAAGAUGCUGGUCCAUGCCAUCUGUACCGAAACAGGAGCCAACCUCUUCAACCUGUCUGCUGCCAACAUCACCGGGAAAUACCCAGGCAAGAGUGGCCUCCAGAUGAUGCUGCAUGUGGUCUUCAAGGUGGCCCGCACUCUCCAGCCCUCCGUGGUGUGGAUCGGAGACACAGAGAAAACCUUCUACAAAAAAGUGCCCCACGCAGAAAGGAAGAUGGAACCUAAGCGCCUGAAAAAGCAGCUUCCCAAAAUGCUGAAACUCCUGAAGCCAGACGACAGGAUUCUAAUUGUGGGGACCACAAAGCGACCUUUUGAUGCGGAACUUCAACCUUUCUGCAAAGCUUACCAAAAAAUUAUUUUGGUUCCCAGACCAGACUACGCUUCCAGAUAUGUUCUGUGGAAGGAGAUCAUUCAGCGACACGGCGGUGUCAUCACGGACACCCUGAGUGUCAGUUGCCUGGCGAAGAUCGCCGACGGCUUCACGCAGGGACACAUUGUCCAAGUGGUGAAGGAGGUGCUCACGGAGCGGAGACUCCGGCAGCAGUCCCACAAGCCGCUCACCGCCCUCGAGUUCGUCGCCUCUCUCACCAGCAUGAAUCCGGUCUACCAGGAGGAAGAAGACAGCUUUAAGGACUGGUAUGCCAAGACCCCUAUGGGUAAAAAGCGAGCCGUGGCAUUAACAGGAGGUAACAAAGAAAAUGAAAAGGACAAAGGAAAAAAGGAGAAGAAAGGGGAAAAGGAGAAAAAGAAAAAGUAA